CUCCCGCAGGCCGGCUCGGUGCGCGCGCGCACGGCCCGCCAGGCCACGCGCCAGGCGGCGGUGCGCGGGACCCCCGGGCUUCGCCUUUGCAGCCUCGGUGGACCGACUGCUGGAGGCCGGCGUCAGGGGGCGCCAAGGAGCCGGGGGGGACCCGGGCUCCCGCCUCCCUGCGCCCGCCCGGAGGCUGGGUCUCGGAGGAUGCAGCAGGAUGGACAGCUCGCCCAGAAAGGCCCAGCACGGGAUACUGAGAGCCGGGGCUGCAAAUCCAGGAGAAGCGUUAGCUGCAUGCAGAAGAGCAGCACCUACAUGGGAGUCUCUGCCUUUGACGGUUUCAGAAAGCUUUCGCUGACUUACUGAGAAGAUGCAGAAGAUCUUGCAGACAGAUGAAAUUACCGAUAACCAAGUUCUUAGGAAAAGAAAGAGGAAACGGACAGAGACAGCGAACUCAGAGAAUGCAAAUAGUGCCAUGGAUAAAGCACAGAGAGACCCAUAUUCAGGAAAUGCCUUCCUGCCUGGCGAGAGCUCCAGUGAUGACGAAACCCCCUUAGCAGAACUGUCCAAGGAGGAACUUUGUACCAAAAUCAAAAACCUGAAGGAGAAACUAACGAACAUCCGGAAGGAGAACAGUCGGCUUCGACAGUCUUUGGUCAUGCUACAAGUGUUACCGCAGGCAGUCACCCAGUUUGAAGAACUGGUUGCGGUGGCAGAGACCCUGCUUAAGGGUGGGGGAGUGGCUUCCACACCUGCAUCUACUCUCUGGAGAUCAACCAACAACUCCUCCCCAGACUCCUUUGCCUCUCUAUGCAGUAAUUCCAACUCUAGUUCCAGCUCCCCAAGUUCCCUGAAGGCUGAGGAGGAGCAGCCUCCUGGUGAGAAGCAGUUCAAGAUUGAAAACUGGCAGAUUGCACGUUGUAAUAAGAGCAAGCCUCAGAAAUUUAUUAAUGAUUUAAUGCAAGUUCUUUACACAACUGAAUACAUGGCCACACACAGUCUGACUGGGGCAAAAUCCUCUACUUCAAGAGACAAAGUUGUAAAGCCAGCUAUGAAUCAGAAUGAAGUUCAAGAAAUCAUAGGAAUAACGAAGCAGGUAUUUCCCAGCGCAGAUGACAUUUCCAUCAGAAGGAUGAUAGGACAGAAACUCAAUAACUGCACCAAGAAGCCGAAUGUGGGCAAAACUCUUAACUCUCAGGAUAUUAAGUAGCCCUAAUGGUAUCUUAAAAUAAAGCAUGUUUGGUUUUACGUCAACCAUUGGAUUUUGCUGGAGAAUCUGAGACACAUCAGAGACCGGCUGUAUGGCGUCUGUAGAACCCAUGGCCUUUCUGGUGGAGCAAGACUGGCCGAAGAAGCUGCAUGCAGAGUCCAUACUAAUUGCUAGCGAUGCAUCAAUCCAGAGAAUGUCUGUCAAACACGCAUGCGAUAUGGUUUCCUUGGAAAUACGCAUUUCUCGCAGCCCCAAAUACUUCCCUGUACAACUAACGUAAGAUAAUAUAAGCUCUUAUCGUAGCAACAAAAGCAUCUACCCUCCAAAUCGGUCAACGUCCUCCACAAACAGCGUGCAUUACUACCAUCGGUGAUUCCCCAUGAUGCUGUUUGUUUGCGUUUUUGAUGUAGCAAGCGUGUUGAGUGGAAAUACAAUUGAAAUAAUACGUUUACAAAUACAAAAGGAGCAACAUGAGCCUAAGCGAUGAUAACCGCAUCUAACCAAGUGGUGAUGAUGUAACAUUAAGGUGAAUAGGAUUAUGGGGAAAAAAAAAACAAAAACGUAAAAAUCUUUUCAAUAUUAAGUUGUCCAAACACAAUCCUAAAAGCCCCAAAUCCCAUUUUUGUUUGUUAAAAUGAUGAACUGAAUUUUAUAAUAGACUCUUAGUCUGUGAAGCAGACAUACCUCCCAAUAUUCAUUGUCCAAAGUGUACUAGUUACAGAUUGUAAUGUUAAACAACAAUAUUACCUAAAGUAUACUUAGGGCAUAGCAUCAUGUUUGAUCAGCUGUGAUGCUAAACUGCUUAAUUUUAACAUGUUUAUUUCCACUCUAACAGAAGGGAAGUGAAUUGGAAAAAAAUACUGCUUUAAUAAUGGCACAGGAAAAAAUGUCAUUUUGUAAAUCAACAAAAGAUAAAAUAUUCUUCAGAGACUUUUCACUUCAUGGCAGAUCACCUAUCUACUCUGCAAUAUGAAACUAUAUUUUUUUCCUCCCUCCCUCUCUCUUUCUCUCACUUUCUUCUUUUCUUUCUUUUUCUUACUUUUUUUUUCCAAAGCAGGGUUUCUCUGUGUAGGUCUGGCUAUCCUGGAACAAACUGUAGAUCAGGAUGGCCUUGAAUUCAUGGAUCUGCCUGCCUCUGCCUCCCAAAAUCUGGGAUUGAUGGUGUGUGCCACCAUGCCCGGUGAGACUCUGCUUCUUGAGUGUGUAAAGUGAUGUUGGAGCUUGGAGAGGGGACCCCUAAAGUGCAGCGCACCCAGGAAGUACUCGGUAAAGGGUGCUUGAUAACCGUACAGUCAUACAGAACAGUUAUUCUCAAUUAAAUAAAUUAUGCAACAUUUGCUACUUUUAAUUAAAUAAAGUUUAACUCCAUUGAAAACCAUUGCACUUUUUAUUGUUCUUUUUGUUUCAUAAUGCAUUAUAUUCAGGGCAAACAAAUUUUACUCUUUUAACCUCUUUUAGCCCUCAGAGUAUAAGUUGUCUGAUGCAAUGCUCUGAAUAAAGUUGGCUAUUGCAUGAGA